AGGUAAACCCCCAGUGCUGAAGCGGGAUCGGAGUAUAGAUCGGCCUGAUAGAACCAGUGGGUGCCCAAAUACCAGAUUAGCAGUACUCUUCAGAAAAGAGACAUUGAUAUUAAAAACAGCAAUGCAAAAGAGACGAUCUCAAUCCGAGGCGAACAAGAGUAAAUCCUUCCCUUCUCCUAGCACAGAUUCCCAGAAGACUGUAUUGUCAGGGGAGGAAAAGGGCAGAGGGAAACCAGCCCUAGAGACUAAUGAAAGCCCUUCAAAACAUAACCAUAUAGAGAACAAUGUUUCUAGGUCAAGAACUGCUCAAGAUAAUCUAGAGGCAGAAAAGAAACUGUUGGAAGACAAUGAUGGUAAGUUAAAGAAGGAGGAAAAAAUAAACAACAGUGAAAAGGCAUACGUGAAAAUCCAACAAUUCAGUGAUAAGGUGAAGGAACAUGACAAUAUAGUUAAACUAGAGCAAGUUAGAAAAUCUGAUCUGUUAAUUAAGACAGAUGAGAAAAAAUGGCAUAAUCAGGGACCGCUUGAAAAAGGCAUUGGCCAAGAUCACAUUUCUCCUGUUAAACUUCCGGUGAAUCGUAACGAGAGAGAAAAGGGGAGGAAACUGACACGGGACACAAACCGUGCCUCGCAGUCUCCCGUGCGGAACACUGUGGCAAAGAGGAGAUCGGGCUCUGUUGGGCGUGGCGAACUGAUGAGUGUGAAUGAGCUAGAGGAUAUGUCUGGCAGAAGCACACCUGUUCACCCUGACAGUGACCUGGGUAGGAUACCAAAACCACCCCCAGGACAGGCCCCCAAAAAUGCCACUGUGUCUGCCAGGCGUCGCCGCUAUAAAGUGGCCUCUGGUACUUCCAGCCCCCGUGACCCUUCAUCCCCUAGAGCUCAGUGAGGCCAGCUUGUCCUGCCUUUUAUUCAGUGCUGUGAUACUGUUUUGUUUCUGUUUUCCCUCUUGGUGGCACUCUCCUACUCUCCUUCUUGUACUGUGCACCUUCGCUGCCUACUCGGGGAAAGGUAAAUAAUGGCAUUCUUUUAGAAACAUUCUUUGGGAGUUGUAAGGUAUUGGGUGGUGCCUGUGUCUGUCGUUGACCUGCUUCUCAGAUGUUCAGUGUGGAAAGUAGAU